AUGGCAAUAGGCGAAUUUGCCAAAAUGUCGAACUAUCCCUUUAAGUCUAGUCUUAAACGUGGAGACGGUGUCUGUCUCCCGGACCACAACAGGAAGAUGAUUCCACAGGAGAGGAGCCUGAUAGCUGAAGGAUCUGGCUCCUGAUCUACUUUUGGAGACUUUUGGGACCACAAGUAGCCCUGCAUUCUCAGAGCGCAGUGUUCUGGUGGGAUAAUAUGGCACUAUGAGCUCUCUAAGAUAUGACAGAGCCUGACCAGUUAAAGCUUUGUAAGUUAGGAGAAGGGUUUUAAAUUCAGUUCUGGAUUUUAUAGGGAGCCAGUGCAGAGAAGCUAAAACAGGAGAAAUAUUAUCUUGUUUCUUAGUUCCUGUCAGUACACAUGCCGCUGCGUUCUGGAUUAGCUGGGGAGUUUUCGAAGACUUAUUAGAGCUACCUGAUAAUAGGGAGUUACAGUAAUCCAGCCUAGAGGUAACAAAAGCGUGGCCUAAUUUUCACAAUAUUACGCAGAUGAAAAACGCAGUCCGUGAGGUUUGUUUUAAAUGAGAAUUAAAAGACAAAUCUUGAUCAAAUAUUACUCCGAGGUUUCUUACGGUAGUGCUCGAGGCCAGAGCAAUGCCAUCCAGAGAAAACUAUAUCAUCAGAUAAAGAGUCUCUGAGUUGUUUGGGGCCAAGAACAAUAACUUCAGUUUUGUCUGAAUUUAACAUAAGGAAAUUGGUGCUCAUCCAGGUUUUUAUGUCUUUAAGGCAUUUUUGAAGUUUAGUUAAUUGAUUACUUUCUUCUGGCUUUGUCGAUAAAUACAAUUGUGUAUCAUCCGCAUAGCAAUGGAAAUUUACAGAAUGAUUUCUAAUGAUGUUACCUAAGGGAAGCAUAUAUAGAGUGAAUAGGAUUGGUCCAAGCACAGAACCUUGUGGAACUCCAAAACAAACUUUAGUACGUAGAGAUGUAUCUCUGUAGCAGACUUUGAUGGUCAAUUGUGUCAAAUGCCGCACUAAGAUCUAAUAAAACAAAUACAGAGACGAGUCCUUUGUCUGAAGCAAUCAGAAAAUCAUUUGUAAUUUUAACUAGUGCUGUCUCAGUGCUAUGAUGCACUCUACAUCCUGACUGAAAUUCCUCAGAUAAAUUAUUAUCAUGGAGAAAAUCACACAGCUGGUCUGCGACUACUUUCUCAAGGAUCUUUGAAAGAAAGGGAAGAUUAGAUAUUGGUCUAUAAUUGGCUAACACCUCUGGAUCCAAGGUGGGCUUUUUUAGAGGAGGUUUAAUUACAGCUACCUUAAAGGACUGUGGUACAUAGCCGGUUAAUAAAGAUAUAUUGAUCAUGUCUAAUAUAUGAGUGUUAACUAAAGGAAAGACCUCCUUAAGUAGCCUAGUUGGGAUGGGGUCUAAGAGACACGUUGAUGAUUUAGAUGAAGAAAUCAUUGGGGUCAAUUCUUAAAGAGAAAUUGGGGAGAAGCUAUCUAAAUAUAUAUUAGGUCUUACAGCUGUGUUUGAGGGCAGAUUGGUUCCGUUUGAGGGCAGGAGGUCAUGAAUUUUGCCUCUAAUAGUUAGAAUAAUGUCAUUAAAAAAGCUCAUAAAAUCAUUACUGCUAAGGGCUAAAGGAAUGCAAAGCUCAAUAGAGCUGUGACUCUCAGUCAGCCUGGCUACAGACCUGAAAAGAAACCUGGGGUUGUUCUUAUUUUCUUCUAUUAAAGCUGAGUAAUAGUUUGCUCUGGCAUUGCAGAGGCCUCUCUUAUACGUUUUGAGACUUUGUUCCCAGACUAAGCGAUAUUCUUCCAGUUUGGUUAAUCGCCAAUUCCUUUCAAAUUUCUGCGAUAUUUGUUAUAAUUUUCGGGUUUGAGAGUUGUACCAAGGAGCAAACUUUUUUUGCUUUGUUAACUUCUUUUUAAGAGGUGCUACAGAGUUGAGUGUUGUUCGCAGCAAGCCUGCGGCGCUAUCAACAAGAUAAUCAAUUUGGGAGAGUUUAAAGUCGGUACGAGAAACCUCUGUUACUGAAGGACAUGGUAUUAAAUUCAAUGUCGAUGGAAUCUUUGCCUUAAAUUUUGCGACAGCACUAUCUGAUAAACAUCUAGUACAGUAACUGUUGCUGAGUGGCGUGUAAUCAAGUAGAAAGAAAUCAAAAGUUAUUAAAUAAUGAUCUGAUAGCGAGGGAUUCUGUGGAAAGACUAUCAAGGUUAUCAAUUUCAAUUCCAUAUGUCAGAACUAGAUCGAGGGUAUGGUUAAAACAGUGAGUGGGUUUAUGUACACCCUGACUGAAGCCAAUGGAAUCUAAUAAUGAGAUAAACGCAGUAGCCAGGGAAUCAUUAUCAACAUCAACAUGAAUGUUAAAAUCACCUACAAUAAUAACUUUAUCUGAUUUAAGAACUAAACUGGAUAACAACUCUGAGAAUUCAGAUACAAAUUCAGAAUACGGGCCAGGAGCAUGGUACACUAUGACAAAUAAAAAUGGCUGCGAGGUUUUCCGGGUCGGAUAUAAAAGACUAAGAACAAGGCUUUCAAAUGAAUUAUAAUCUAGUUUAGGUUUAGGGCUGAUUAACAGACUAAAGUUAAAAAUGGCUGCAACUCCCCCUCCUCGGCCGCUGCCUCGAGGAAUGUGGGUAUUAUUAUGACUGGGAGGAGUGGAUUAAUUUAGACUGACAUAUUCAUCUUGACACAGCCAGGUUUCAGUGAGGCUGAGUAAAUCAAUAUGAUUAUCUGAUAUUAAUUUGUUUACUAACAAUGCUUUAGAUGUUAGAGACCUGAUAUUUAACAGUCCACAUUUAAUUCUCCUGUUUUGUCUUUCUGUCACAUAAGAGGUUUUAAUUUUUAUUAAGUUGUUAUGCACAACUCCUCUUUGUUUAACUUUAGACUAGGUGGUUGGGGGACAGACACCGUUUGUAUAAAACUAUGGGCGGGUAACUGCACUAGAAGCUCAGAGAAGUGUGUAAGACUACGACUCUGAUUCCUGGUCUCAACUCUGGUUUGUCAGGGUUUUGAAUUACUACUACACAUGGCCAGGUUUCUAGAUAUGUUCCAUCCAUAGUGGGAUGAAUGCCGUCUGUCCUAAUCAGACCAGGUUUUCCCCAGAAAGUUUGCCAAAAAAUUAUUUUGGUUAAAUAAUUUCCGUUGUAACUCUGUUUAGUUUUAUUCCCUUUUUGGUUGCUGCAGGCCAGUGGUGGUGGUACUGGUGACCUGAGUAGUGGUAUCCCUCCCUUCUGUGUGCUGUGUUUCCCCAGGGAUCAUAGGUGAUUUCACAAAGUAUGUGUGUGUGACUGUCACAUGUGCCUGGGUGAUUUAUAUAUAGAUAUAUAUAUAUAUAUAUAUGUGUAGUUUUUUCAAAUAUUUUUGUUUGUUGGAUCCCCAUCCCCUCACUAGCUCCUGUCCCACCAGUAGGCCUCAGCUCCUGACUAGGUUCCCUUCCCCCCUUCUGGUAUGAAUGGUGUUUUGUAGUUUUUAAAAAGAUUUUUUUUUUUUGCCUCUGAGUAAAACAAACCUGUGUGUCUUAUUGAUAUAAAUGGUAAAUAAUUCUUUGGGUGAAAUUCCCAAAGUGGAGUUGUCAGGCAACCGUAUAAAUGUGUAACAGAUCAUCGUAUUUGUAGACCCCCUAUGCUCGCCUUUUGUGUUGUUUUGUUUUGUUUUUCAAGAAUAAGUCAAAAUGUUGAGAAUAAAAGCAAAUGUUAAGCAUAAAGUCGAAUUGUUUAGAAUAAACUACUAGCGUUAGCGCAUAUAGCUGCCUCUGCAAAAUGCCAAAAUGUGUAUAUGAACUGGUGACGUUAUACUUUCCAAUCAGUGUCAUCAUCAAGGAAAUUAUUUGUCUUUUAGCGCAUUAACACAGUGUGGUAAUAAGUACUAAGACUUUGAAGAGAUUGUGCUGAAAUUACAUCUGUUCAGAAGUAAAACCACACAAACUUGGAAGAGGUGGCUGCAUGAGUGCAAACUAAAAUAGUUGGUGAUGGACAGAUGCAAGGAUAUCGAUGGCUACAGCUGUGUGCAGUUGGAGAGGAUAGGCUAUGUUGUAUCAUUUCAAGUUGAAAUGCAAAAAAACCAACCCUUCCUUACAAAUAAGUCUCAAACCUUAAACUGACUUAAACAGAUCACCGUAUUUGUGUAAAGCAAGAAGUUGCAGAUUAAGCAUGCUGUAUGUUUGUUGUCAUUUUAAUUGUGUGUGAAGAUCUGAGAUGACACCCUUCAUUGUAGAAUGAUUUCACUUUGGUUUAGGAGAAACAUUUGCUUCUUAGUGCUUCUCUCUGAGCACUGAAACAGUGAUGACACAAAAUCUGCAGGACAGCUACAUUGCUCUGGGUGUCAAAAGAGUUACAUGUGACCAGCCCCAACAUCACUGUGGCCUUAAAACAUGUGCAGGUGUCAUUCUUGACAUACAGUACGUGUGUGUGUGUGUGUGUGUGUGUGUGUGUGUGUGUGUGUGUGUGUGUGUGUGUGUGCUUUAACCGUGUUGUUGUAUCUAUUUUUCAAGCAUGAUUAUCUUGAUUUUGUCUUUCUGUUGUCGAUCUGAACUUGAACAAUCAGAAAAUCUUUUUAGUAAUUUAUCAUGAUUUUGGUUUCUAAUAACUACUUUUCAGAUUAGUAGUUGUGCUUUUAUGUUAUGUUUGAGAUAAAUGUAAGGUAAAAUGGCAUUUAUUGAAUAAAUAAAAAGGCAAACAGAUAUUUUCCUUUAUAAAUAUGGACAAACUAGCCUCUUUCACAGUAGACAUAUUGUGUAAGGUUGGUGUAAUGCCCCUUUAGAACUUAAUUUAACCUGACCAAAUUUUGACAUCAUUUCAUCGGUGUAGGAGAAAGGGCAGAAAUUUUGUUUGUGCCAAGAGACUUGGGUGUGUCAAAGAUUAUCACAGUGGUGUGUCAGUGAUUCCUGUCAAGAUUGAGAAGAGGAGGUGGGGUUUUCUCUGUAGUCUGCCACUAUAAAGCCUUCCUCGUGGAAGUUUCUGUAGUUGGCAAGGGCUUGAGAGAAGCUGGCAACCCAUGUAGCCGGUCUCUAUUCUGGGACAUAUGCCUGGAUCACCGUGCACAAAGGAUAUUCAGAAGAAUAUCAACGGCUCCACCUCUGCUGCUUCUCCUGUCACCUUCACUGAGCUCCAACCCCUGAUGGCGCACCCUGAGCUGCCGCCUGAGCAUGACAGCUCCCAUGAGGACAAGAAGGAGAAAGACCCUGUGCAGCCAGGGCCCACAAAGCUGAAGAGGGCCAGGGCUCGCUUCCUCAAGGGAGUCUCCUACUUUGCUGGAGACAUGGAAGUGUUUGCAAAAUGGAUGGAAAAGCAGUUUUUCUUGCUGCAGUUGCUGGACUGGGUUUUACGCGGAGCUGCUCAGGUGAUGUUUGUCAACAACCCCCUGAGCGGCCUCAUCAUUUUUGCCGGCCUCAUCCUGCAGAACUAUUGGUGGGCUCUCAACGGCUUCGUGGGCACACUCUUUGCCACCAUUUCUGCCCUCAUCCUUCAACAGAGCAGGGGUGCAAUAGCUGCAGGGCUGUAUGGUUACAACGGCAUCCUGGUGGGUCUGCUGAUGGCUGUGUUCUCCAACGCAGGAAACUGGUACUGGUAUCUCCUGCUGCCCAACAUCUUCAUGUCCAUGAUGUGUCCAAUUGUGUCCAGCGCCCUGGCAUCUAUCAACAGUCGCUGGGAUCUGCCGGUGUUCACUCUGCCUUUCAACAUCCUGGUGUGUCUCCACAUGGUUGCCACCGGACACUUUAACCACCACUUCCCUCAAGUCCUCAUUCAGCCUCGCUCAGAGCUGCCCAACAUCACCUGGGCUGAAAUCGACGUCGCCAAGCUGUUCAUGUCAGUGCCUGUGGGAGUUGGUCAAGUCUACGGCUGUGACAACCCUUGGACAGGAGGAAUCUUCAUCAUCUCACUCUUCAUCUCCUCCCCUAUCACCUGCGCUCAUGCUGUCCUGGGAUCUGCUGUGGGCAUGGUUUCAGGCUUGGCUCUGGCAGCGCCUUUCGGAGACAUUUACUUUGGCCUCUGGGGAUACAACUGCGUGUUAGCCUGCAUUGCCAUCGGAGGAAUGUUUUACGCUCUUACCUGGCAGGUGCACCUGCUGGCCAUCACAUGUGCUUUUUUCUGUGCAUACCUCGGCUCAGCCAUUGCCAAUAUCAUGUCUGCAUUUGGUCUGCCGGCUUGCACUUGGCCUUUCUGUCUCUCCGCCCUCACUUUCCUCCUCUUAACCACGGGGACCAAGAGGAUCUUCAAGCUGCCGCUGGCCAAAGUCACCUACCCCGAGAAGAACCUGUGCUUCUACUGGAAGAUGAAGAAGCAGGAGAAAAAGGACAAGGCUGAGAAAGAGAGGAAAGAGAAAGAGGAGCAGCAGAAAGCCAUUGAAGAAGAGGUGAUACUGAAUGAGAAAGAGCAACUGAGGCUAGAGCUUGAGAGGAUGGAGGAGGGGAGAGCAGCGAGUGAAGCAUCAGAGGCUGGAAACAACGAAACUCGCGCUGAAGAUGAGGCACCUGGUGUAGAACAGCAGGGAACUGAAGAAGAAAUCAGACAAAAUUAAAUAAUCCAAGUCACUAUUGGUGAGAAUGAGAGUUAGAAUGUCUAAUACUGCAUUUCUGCAGAAAGAGAGAAAGAGAGAGGAAACACUAGUGGAACAUAAAUGUAUGAAAAUGUAAAUAAGUGUAUCUGUAAAUAAUCUUUCAGAGUAUUUGUUGUGAAAAAUAUAUGCUGGCAUUUUUUUCCCCUAAGUGCAGCUGAUGGUUUUUACUAGAUACAUUUGACAAUAUGUAGCAUUUGUUUUCUCUAUGGCACCUUGUUU